CGGCACACAUUUUCUUCGUCCAUCUUCACCAUCCCACUGCCCAGCUUGCCGCUGUCGGCUGGAGUCGCUCUUGCCCUCGAGCGGAUGGUCACAGCACCAGUCCGCUCGUAAUCCUCUCCCGUCAUCAUGGCCACCGCUCGGCCCAUCUCGGCUGUGGGCGUCAAGCCUCGUCCUCUGCAGGUCGCCAUUUCUCCUGCCUCUGCAGCGUCAUCCCCAGCGUCUGCAGCUUCUCCCGGCUCUGCGACAUCGUCCGCUCCCCCAGCACAGCUGCCCCUGGCCAUCAAGCCUCUCGGAGGACCGCAGGCCUUGGCAGCCGCCGCCAUGGCCACAGUCAUGACGCCAAAGACUUCCAUAACCAGCAAGGAAUGGGUCAUUCCUCCUAGGCCAAAGCCAGGCCGCAAGCCCGCCACGGACACACCACCCACCAAGCGCAAGGCGCAGAACAGGGCAGCUCAGCGAGCCUUCCGCGAGCGAAGAGCCGCCCGAGUGGGUGAGCUCGAGGAACAGCUCGCCGACCAAGUCCAGGAACAUGAGCGUACACAGCAGGAAUUGCACGACCACAUUGGCAACCUCGAGAAUGAGGUCCAGCGCCUUCGUGGUCAAUGCUCCAGCCUUGAGGAUCUCCUGGAGAAGGAACGUGCCGAGCGAGCGAGGGCAGACCAGGAGCUCGACUCGCUGAAGCGGAGGUGGCGGAUGGCAGAGUCUCGAGGCUCGUCCAGGCAUGACAGCUUCAACACGCUCGCCGGCGGUCGCACGCAGAGCAUCCUCUCACACCAUGGCCCCACGUCGAGGGACAGCGUCACCAGCGUCGCCUCUGGCCACCGCAAUUCGACCUUCUCCAUAUCACAAAUCAUCUCGCCCCCGGAUCUCCACACAUCCCCCUUGGACUCGCAUCACUUGGAUGAGGUUACUGGCUGCGGCAACUGUAGCCCGACCGGCGCUUGCUCCUGUAUCAACGAGGCUCUCGCCGCGACCUCGACAGGCUGUGGCAAAUGCAGUGUCGGCACCAAGUGUGCCUGCCUCGAGGCAGCUCUCAACGGACCGAUCCCAGGAGCGGACGUCGACCUCAAGCGCCGGGCACCAUCACCGUUUGCCGUCGCUCCCGAGGAGAAGCGGCACAAGUCUGAUGUGACGCUCUAUCCUAAUGAGAUCGACUUCACCGCCAUGUUCUCCAAGAAGAAGCCAGAGCCGGCUGCGGCGCCUGCACCACCUGUGCCCGUGUACGAGCCGAACCCCCCAUCCUUCAUGCCAAAGGACCGCUGCGGCUUCUGCGAGGAUGGCACCUACUGCAUGUGUGCCGAGGCUGCGGCUGCGGCAGCUGCUGCGGCAACAGCAUCUCAGACCUUGCCGCCUAUGGGUCAGCAGGUCCAGACACCACCACCCUCCGAGAGCGAUGUCGGUCCUCCAGUUUACGAGAUCACAUCCACAGGUGCCGUCAAGCUUCCUGGCAUCCGCUCGCUGAACCGUGACACGCAGCCGCGAGCUGCUGCACCCGCCAAGGCUGGUGGUGGCGGCGGCGGCUGUGGUUCCGGCGGCCCUGGCACGUGCGCGCAGUGUAUCGCGGAUCCCAAGUCUGGGCUCUUCUGCCGCAGUCUUGCGGCCAAGUUUGCCGCCGAGAAUGGUGGCCAAGGCGGCUGCUGUGGCGGCUCUGCUGGCGGUGGCGGCUGCUGCAAGACCAAGAGUGCCCCGGCACCACCACCGACUUCAGGUUCUGGCCUAGGAGUGAGCUUGUCGUGCGCGGACGCGUACAAGACGCUGGCCAGCCACCGGAACUUUGACAAGGCUGCUGAUGACAUUGGCACAUGGCUGCCCAAGCUCAAGGCCAUCCCCAGGGAGGUUACCGGGUCGACGGCGAGGCUACCCAUCGAGGUCGAAACGGCCAGUAUCAUGAGUGUGCUGCGAGGCUUUGACGUGAGGUUCGGCAGGGAGCCUUGAGCGAUGUUGUUGCUUGUUAUUCCUGCUUGCUUUUCUUGGGCCAGGUCUUACCUGUCGCGGCUUUUUGCUUUCGCGCCGUCACAAAUCACUGGCUUUGACCGGUGAACAUGCCAUGUCAUGCCAUCAGUCCUUUUGAGCUUGUCAUAGACCUUUUGGGCUGGGGGUGGAAUUUGCUUUUGUUUGGUUGCAUUCACGGGUUGUCUUUUCUGGCGGGGUUUUUCCAGUAGAAACUCUUCUUCCCGCGGGUCUUUGAACU